AUGGAAGUCUUCGUUUCGGCGGGCUGCGUCGACGGACCUCCAAGCUGCCCCGAAGAUGAAGAGGGCUUGGAUGCUCUUGAGUCUGCGAUCUCGUCCAUCGGCCAUUGGAGGAAGACGUGCCGUGGCAAGGCGUCGUCGACACUGAAAGCGGAGCAGGCGGUCCAGGACACCAUCAAGAGGCUGGCAACUGCGAUCGUCGACAGUUCCGAGGCCCUCGUCAACUUGGACUUCCUGGUCAAGCUCGAGGUGAUCAUGCACCACUUCUCUGUGGCUGCGGACUUCGCGCUGACUGGGGAUGGUUGUAGAUUGGAGGGUACGUGCGCUCCCUUGCUGGGCAAACGUAACGCUGCCGAGAUCUGCAGGAGCGAGGUUGAGAUCCUGGCGGCGGCCCGCAAGUACCUUGGCGACCCCACCGAGGCGAACGCAGACGCGCUGCACGGCACCCUCCAGAACAACACGAAAGUUGCCAUCAGCGGGGGGACUGAGAUGGCCGUCAUCGCCAGGACUGCAGCCCUGCUCCACCAGAAGAUCGAGUUGCUGAGGUCGAUCGACGUCGAUGGGCCGGUGCAGCGACUUGAGUUCAGCACGUUGGUCCGCGGGGGCUUGCUGCUGGAGAGCAUCGGAGACCUGCUGGUGCAGACGAUCACGCACGACGGCGACGGGAGCAACCUCAGGAUGGCCAUCAACAUGAGGGGCUACGAUGUGAGAUCGAGCCUGCUGGCGGCACAGCUGCUCGAGAGGUUCCAGUGUACGGCGGUGGGCCCGAAUGCAGACUACGCGAUGAUCAAGGGCGCAUUCGAUGAGCUCGGAUCGGUGAUCAAUGCACUUCCUGCGACGGCCUCCGACGACUUCGACGAUGUGCUCACGAUUUGCGACCUCGACGCCUUCAAGGCGUUCUCAGAGUUGGUGGCCCCUUGGAAGCCGUUUGCCGUUGCUGCUUUGAAGGCGCGCGCCGAGUCGCGCGUGGAGGACGCCGCCAAGGCGGCGGACGAGGUCAACGAGAAGCUUGCGGCCAUCGCAGGCGGCAUGGCGGACGGCGGCUCCGGCUGGGCGGCGCUGCAUGCGCACGCGCGGACCGCUGUGUUUCGCCAGACAGGCAUCAGCAACAAGAUCAAGUCUCUCGAGCGGGAACUUCGCGAGAAGCAGGCCGACCUCAACAGGGCCGCAAAGGUUUGCGACGUCGCGGAGGCCGGCCUCGAAAAGGCCCGCGAUCGCUGGCAGCCGACCGUUGCGAAAGCGCACUUGACUGUGACAGUGGCGUCGCUGGCUCAGGCGGCGUCGGCAGAGGGGCCACGGUGCGCGGGCGGAAUCCAGCGCGACCUCGACGCGACGCAGGCCAAGAGCGUGGCCGCGGAGAGCGCCCCGCCAGCGCUCUGGGCGGAGGUCCAGCGCAAGCUGGCGCAGUGA